CCACAACCUAUAUCAUGUCUCCAACACUAGCAAAUCAACUCGAUAUCAACUUCAACUCUUAGCCUACCAGUCCUCUUCUGCACCCGAUCACAGCCACGUUGAACUACUAUCCGUAUCACUGAACUUGUAGAUUCAUAUACAAUGCCGGUCCAAAUCAUCCCCCACACUCAAACGCGCUCACUCGUUGCCGCUAGCGUCGCACCCUUCAGACCAACUGCAGCAGACUUCCCUCCGCUUGAGCAGACUGAAGACAUACCCAGCAGGCACACGUCUACUCCCACCAUCGAGUCAAACCCAACAUGGGUCUCCAUCGCAAUGAAAGGGUUAUAUAUAACCAAGGCCAACACAUUUCUGUCAUUCCUCAAGUUGGCCCCUGAGAUCCGCGAUAUCCUAUGGGAUAUUGCCAUGCAAGACGCGCGCUCCACUAACGAGAUCGACCUCCGGGACUUCACCAGGCGCGCCCAGAACGUCAACCGACCAACAUUCCUUCCCACUAUAUGUCGUGUAUCCAAGAGCACCUCAGCCGAAACAAUGGGCGUCUUCCUGCGCGGAUCCACUUUCACCAUCUCGAGCUUCGCCGACAACGAGUUCUUUGUCAAAUUCCUCAACAACAUCAACGCCUUCGAUGCAGUCCGAAGGCUCCAUUUCAGAUUCUUCGACUGCUUCCCCACAAGCUUCGCCGAUAACGCGGACCUCGAAUUGGCUGUCCGCUGUCCUGGGCUGGUGAGUGUGAAGCUUGGAAUGCACACCAGCAAGCUCGUCAUGUGGGUGUUGGAGGGCGAGUACGAAGAUGGUCUGACCCGCUUUCCCCGCCGAGUCCAAGAGAUGUGGGAGCAUUACAAGCUCGAUCGGUUGUUGGAUUGCGACAAGUUGCAGGAGGUCGUUAUUGAGCGCAAGGGUCGCUCCAAUGAUGAAGCUGUCCAGGCUGCUUGUGCGUUGGGGGAAUGUAUUAAACAGCGAUAUAUGGAAACGCGGAAGCGCGAAUUGUUAGUCGAGUAUAGUGUCGAGCGGCGUGUUUACUACUCAAGGCAUUGAAGGUGAAUCGAGUUGGCUAGACUUUGAGAGUUCCUCACAGAGAGUUCGUUCAGUAUGUAGAGGGGUCAGCGGAAUAUAUGUGUGCCGAUGAAUCCAAGUACCUAGUAAAUAGAAUCCAGAUAUUAAAUAUCGAUC